UGCCGUAGAGCAAGCGGUAACGGCAGUAGGGGGUGCAUAACGCAAGGGGUCGUUCGGUGGGGGAGAAAGAGAAGUUGGAGCACGUCGUGCUCUUUUCUCGGCGAUAGGAGCGAAUGGUGGAUGCUGUGAUCCCUAGUGGUGACGAGAUGGAGCCGGAGCAGCAUCAGCGGACGGAGAAGAGCAGCGCGGGCCUCCUCGGUGUGGAGAGUAAUAGAACAGAAGCCGCUGAGGACACCACACAAUAUGGCGGACGCGCUGAGAGCGGUAGCACUGGGGAGGCGCUGCUGCUGGGUGCUGCUGCUGCAAAGGACAAGGUCCCCCCAAACCUCAGCAUCACUAGCAGCAGCCAGCGCAGGAGCAGCAUCUCAACGGCAAAUGAACAGCAGCAGCAGCUGCCCAGCGGUGUGUUGGGGGGGCCUCGCCCUCUCCCUAAGCCCCCAGAAGACGUGCCUGUUAAGAGGAACUUUCAGAUUCCCAGGAAGAGCAGAGAAAAGAAAGGACUUUUUCAGCCAUUAGCUGUAGGCUCUCGAGAAUUUGAGGAUAUUGUGAAGAUUCUACAUUCGUCUUACUUGGAACCAAAUUCAGUGUCCCAUUUUAAUUACAAGAAAGCCAGCUUAGUUCAUAAUCUACUGUUGGAAAAGGAAUUCACAGAAAAACGCAGAGAGCUGAAAUUUGAGGGUCGCCUAGAGAAAGAACUUUCUGAAAACUAUGCAUUUCUGAUGGUUGAUCGACUUCAGAUCCAAAACAUAUGUGAAAAGGGACUGCAGGUGGGCCACUCCAAAAUGUCAAUUCUUGGCAGCCCUUCCAUGGGUGUAUAUAUCUCCAGAUAUGCUGAUCUGUUGCAGCCUAAUCCUCUAGAAGCUGGAGCAACUGGAGAUGUAAUUGUUUUUAAAAUAAUAAAGGGAAAAAUGAAAAGCAUAUAUGACCACAUCGGUAUGAAGGCAAUGGAAUCGACAGGAAAGACGGCAUUAGAUCCAACACCGAAGCACGAAUGCCAUGUGUCAAAGAAUGCAAAUAAAGUAACCUCCUUGUUGGCUUAUCGAGCCUAUGAACUUACUCAGUACUAUUUUUAUGAAUAUGGCUUUGAUGACAUAAGGCGAAGACCAAGACAUGUUUGUCCUUAUGCUGUUGUUUUAUUUACUUACAAAGAUGAAAUGAUGCAUGUACCAAGAUUCCUAUCUCCGUCCAGAUCAAACAGCUUCAACACAGAUAGGAGUACAGAAAAGUCUAACUAUACGUUAUGGAGAGGACAGCUUUGGAGCAAAGGCAAACUCUUGUGCCAUAUUUCCAUGAGAUCAGCAGUACGUCGAUUCCUUCCGUGCAAGCUUCCUGAGAAGCUUGAGAUUGAAAAAGUUGCGAGCAUUGAGCAAUUGAAGGAAAAAUUUUCUCCAGCAUUAUUCUCUAAAGAAAAUUACAUAGGAGCCCAAGAUGUGUUCAAGAAUGGCAUGUACGGUAGCCUUUUUGAAGUUGUGGAGAAGUCGCGUUCUGGUAGUCACUUGGAGGGCUUACUUCAAAAACUAGAGAAAGAGAAACUUGUUCUUGUGAAACUGCUUCUGGACAGAGGAUUUCUUUUUCUUCUUUCUUCUUGGCAAAUGACGACUCCCUAUGAACACCAAACUGGACAACCCCCCAUGCUGCAGGCAUUGUUUCUGUUUCGAGAAUCUAGAGACAUCACCAUCCAAACACACAAAAAUGUUCCAUUUGGAACACAGAAAAAUUCAACUCGCAUGGUUUUGCACGAAAAUCAGGAAAUCAUUCCAGAAUUCACAAAGUUUAUUGAGGCUCUACAUUUUGCUUUAUUCCAGUCUCGUAAAGACUGUACUGCAAAUGUUAAUGCUGUUGUGGAGAAGUAUAUAAAAGAAUAUUUGAAAAGAUGCAGUAGUGGCUCUGGAAAACACAGACAAUUUGUAUUAUAUCAGUAUGCAUCAUGGUUGGAUGACAAAAAAUUUCUUCAUGCUGCUCCAAAAGAUAAAUCUCAUAUUGACAGCCACUUGCAAAACUAUAUUUUUGGUUGUGAGGCAUAUCAAAUACCUGUUUCUAGAGCUAAGGAAUUGAUGGAGGGAUAUCGGAAAAUGCAACAGUUCGGUCCCAUCUCAGAUUAUGAAGUCACAGAAGACCCUGAUUUUGCCAUCACAAAAAGUGGGAAAAGAAUCCAUGCAAAAUACGAAGCCACUGCUGCCAAGCAAAAACUGCCUCAUUCUGGAGAUUAUGAUCAUGACAGACUCAAAGAACUUAUUAACUUAAUCCAGUGUAGGAAAAAAAAUGUAGGUGGAGAUUCUGAUUCUGAAGACCCUAGAAAUAAAAGUGGUUUGAAAAGGAAACUAGAAGAACAGUCUGAAAAUUUGCGGAAAUACUUAAAAAUCAGUGAAUCUUCAGAGAACAGUUGUCAGUAUGAAGGGGGCAGAACUUCAGAUUCGCCACACACUGUUUUCUCAGUUAAUGCUGGUCUUGGUGGACGUGAUACUGACUUGAGACAGCAAGAUGUAUCUGACCCUGCUGUUACUGACACCCAUGGGCUCAUUAAACUGCUUUUAGAAACGCUAGCUAGUGCAGGACACUGGGAUUCAUCGCUGGCACAGUCUGUAAAUCAAGUUUUAGGAUUAAGCACUGAUGAAAUUGAAGAGGAUACAAGACAAAAAUGCGAAUAUGAAUCCAUUCCAGCACAGAACAAAGAUGAUCAUGAGCUUCCUAAUACUGCUCAGGCUGAGAAUGUUCACUUUAAGGACCCACAGAGUCCAGCACUACUGGAAACUGAUGCAGUGUGUUUAUCCUACCCUGUCGAUGUUGAUCUGCGUCUUCCAGCUAAUGAAGCAGGCUUUGAACAGAUGCUGCAUUUAAAAGAAGCAAGCACUGGAAGUGUAAGUAGUUUUGAAGACUACAGUCCAUGUCCUAGCACACCUAUAGAACAUGUUUACCGCAGGCAACAUUCCAAUUCAAACAAUAGAGAAGUUGGAAUGCACUGGAAACUUAUCCCAAUUACAGGAGGAUUGUGUAUGGCUUUCAAACACAAAAUGACAAUGAUUAACUCUUCCUAUAUAGGUCUGAAAUCACCAGAAGAACCACUGGUGUAUUUACCACCAAAGGAUGCCUUUCCUAAUGACCCUCGCGUAAUAAGUAGACAGAGAAGUUCUGAUUAUCAGUUCCCAUACUCUCCAUUUUCAGACAUACAGAGGGGGACAGCAGAAGAUGGACUUUAUACAAGACAAGUGGAAGAACUUGAAGAUGAGUGUGCAAUAGCAGAUCACCCUUUGUCAACUAAGCAUUCUAUUAGUGCAGUAAUAGAGACCACACUAUUAGAAGAAUACAAUCUCUUUACAAGAAAGAUCCAAGAAAUUUUGCAGCAGAAUAAUAUUGCAUACGUUAGUGGCAUGUCCACACCAGUCCUCUCUGCCCGAGAGAGGAUAAUGAGACUUUCCGAGUACAUCUGUUUACAGGUAUCAGAUGUGCCUGUCCAAGAAUACAUAGAGACACUGAGUGAAAAGUUGACCAGUGUUAUUUUGUCCUCUUCGUGCCUUAGGCAUACUCCACCAGUUUAUUCCAGUCCUGAAUCAGCAGAAGUGGUCAGUGGUGCUGCACUGAAUCCUCCGCUCGAGACACUGCCUGUUUGCAGGGAAUCUGACACAGUAUUGUGCCCAGAGCCAUGUAGUAAUAACAUGGUGAAAGAGGUGGACUCUAAUGAGCAGUGUUCAUCAAGCUUACCCUUAGCAAAGGAGGAACUAGGUCAUGUGAAUACUAAACCAGAGGAUGUAGUGACAUCUGAUCAGACAUCUUCCAGCAAUGAUCUGAUGGAACCACCAGAAAAGACACAGAAGUCCCCAGAGAACUUAAACAUUUCAACCUACCCAGCCUUUUCUAAUGUUAUAAGCCAGUUAAAACCUGAAGUGGUCAACAGCUUGUUUGAAAUUAUCAAAGAUGUACAGAAAAACACAGUGAAAUUUUACAUUCUUGAAGAGAAGAAAAGCAUUCUCUGCAAGGAAAUCAAGGAAUAUCUUACAAAGCUAGGCAAUACAGAAUGUCAUCCGGAACAGUUCCUUAAAAGAAGAGCUGAUACGGAUAAGUUGUUGAUCAUUAUCCAAAAUGAAGACAUCGCCAACCUCAUCCAUAAGAUUCCUGGGUUAGUAACUUUGAAGAGGCUUUCUUGUGUCAACUUUGCGGGUGUCGAUAGCUUGGAUGAUGUGAAAAAUCACACUUACAACGAUUUGUUUGUGUCUGGUGGCUUCAUUGUGUCAGAUGAAUCUGUCCUUAAUCCGGAGUCCACCACUACAGAUAAACUGAAACAGUUCUUAAAGUUUCUGGAGGCUCUCAAUACCCCAGAUGGAAAAUGGCAGUGGAAAGUGCACUGCAAAAUACAAAAAAAACUUAAAGAGCUGGGGAGAAUGAAUGCCAAUGCCUUGAAUCUGCUGACCCUUCUGAACACCUAUCAAAAGAAGCACCUGGUUGAGAUUCUGUCUUACCACAACUGUGAUUCUCAAACUCGAAAUGCUCCAGAAUUAGACUGUCUUAUCAGGCUUCAGGUUCAGAACAUCCAACAGAGACAUGCAGUCUUCUUAACAGAAAAGCAACUCAAAACACUUUCAGAUUAUGUGGAUAAUGGCAUAGUGGUGGCUACUGUUGAUGACUUCAUGAAGAAUUUUAAAGGUCUUGUUGGAGAUCACAACUCGAUUACUGACAAGAGCAGCCUGUCUCUUCGUGAUGCUCACAGAAGACAAUCAGUUCAUGUAGGAAACAAAAAGGAAGAGGAGGACAUGUCUCUGGAUUCAGGGGAUGAAACAUCACAAAUAGAAAUCUACAAUGAUGCUUCUGAGUAUGGUAGUCAUUUGGAAGCUUUGCAGACAGAGGCCAAAGGCUCUCACGGAGUAGACACAAAAGAGAGCUGCUUAUCAGUUACGGAGUUUCCUCCUGAAGUACAAAUUGGUUUGAUGGAAAAGACUUCUAAAAUUGACUUGAAGGAGAUACAACCAAUUAAUCCAGCUUCUACAACGUGCUCUGCUGAAGGAGAAAAUCACAACUCGGUUGAUCAGACUCCUUUCAAUAACUUCCAAGUUUAUAAUAGACAAUUAAAUGUGUCCCAUCAAUUCAGUCACUUUAAUGUACUCACUCAUCAGACCUUCCUGGGAACAACAUACCCAAUUGCUUCCGUGAGUCAAAACCAAGUAGGAGGCAAUUAUUUUCUAUCUGCUUACAGUCGGAGCACAGAUACAGAGAAGUCAUCAUCACCUGGUGGCUGGGAUGUAAACUCUGAUUCUUCCAGGCCAUAUUCAAACCAGAAAUAAACUCCUAACUCUCUUUUUGUAAGUAGCUGUGGAGUUUUCUGUUUCUAAAAUGGUAGAUUAAGAAUUUCUAUUUUAUUCUGGAACAAAAUGUUUCUUUAUCUCAAAUGCUUUUUUGUCUUAUUUAAAUCCUAAUGGCCUGUACCUGUUAGAAGCAUCUGAAAAUUGAAGAAGAAAUAUAUUUUUUUUAACAUUUACUGUACUUGAAUUAUCUUGUUUGUUGGCACUUUUAAGUUCCUACAUUUGUAUAUGACCUGUAACUGGGCUUCAGUUUGAGGUCUGUUUUAAUGUAAAACUGAAUGUUUGCCUAAAAUACGUGAAAGGGUGAGGGGUUUUUCAAACGUAAGAGUAUCCAAAUCACUUUUCUUUACAUAAAUAUUAAAACUUCUGUAUUUAUUUGACACAAGUUUUCUACAAAUGUUUUUACACAGUUCUAAGGCAGUGUAGUUGUUUUAAUGACUAUAUACUGGAUCUUGGCUAAAUACCUCAGAGUAACCAAUGGUGCAGUUCCAUUACAAAAAUAAACUCUUAAUGCACAAGGGACUUGCUAACAUCUUGCACUGUCUGUGAGUUUCAUGUUGCUUUCCAGGUUAUGUGGGAAACAUACCUUAGCUUUGUCUCACGUGUAGCAGUUACCUGCCUCUGCCACUUUGAAACUCUAGGCUUACUACAGCACCAGCAGCGUGACCUACAGCAUUUAUCCAGCUCUUGUAAUUACUGUAACGAGAGAAGGACAAACCUGGCUUCCAUGACUCUGGUAGUUCAGUUUGCAUUAGAGAAACCUCAGUCCUCCCCCACUUCAGCAUAACCGUGAGUGGUGCUUUCUUUUCAUUUUUUCAGCUAGUGUGGUCAUUGCUACAGAGUUUGAUCUCCAUUUUUAGCUCACAGCUGCUGACUUACAAACUUUUUUUUCCCCAGUACUUCUUACUUGUUUCAUUUUGUACAUGACCAUCUGACUCAGGCUUCUGGAAGACAGCAGCUGAUAGUGCAUAGCUGUGGAGUCUCAAGACUACCCUUGCUCCGCUGUUGCUGGGUUUGCAUAGAUUUUUGACUCAAGUUUAAAGUUGUCCAAAGUUGGCUCUGUGAGGACUUUUUCUUGUUUACAAUUUGACCAAAGUUGUCCAAAGUUACAUUUGUGGGUUUUUUUCCUGUUUACAGUGCUCUUAUGUCAGAUAUAUGGUUUAGUAUCAGCUAAGUGUUAGAAACUACAUGACUCCAACCUCUCAAAAUCAGUUGGGCCAAAUACUGUUUAAAGAAGGGUGACUUUUCCAAACCAAACCCACAUCCCUUUCCCUGAAGUUGAAUGUUGUUCCUCCUGUUAACAGCUGUCUAUUUGUUUAAAGCAGUACUGGAGUAGCACAGCAGUUGUGCAAGCCCCAAAACAAGGCAAAUAAAUAUUUUUGUUUUCACAAA